GCGCCCCAUUCAUGCUGGGCAGCGGCAGCGCGGCCACGCAGCGGAGCCCGGGCGCGGCGGCGGCCUCGGCCUGGGCGGCCUGCGCGGCUUCGGCGGCCCCGCGGCGGGGCGGGCGGCGGCGGCGGCGCGGGCGGCGGAGCUCGGCGAUGGCCGGCGGCGGGGCGCGCCCCGGGGCAGCCGGGCUCAGGCUCCCGGCCCCAUGAUGCCCGCCCCUGCAGGACUGGAGCGCCGAGGCCCGAGGCCCCUGCCCGCCAUGCCGCUGCCACCUCUGAGCCCGUGCGUGCUCCCGGUGCUGCUGCUGCUGCUGCCGCCGCUGCUCCUGGGGGCCGUGCAGGUGGCAGCGGGCACGCCCAGGCCGGGCGGGGGUCCACAGCCCGCCUUCCGCACCUUCGUGGCCAGUGAUUGGGGCCUCACCCACCUGGUGGUCCACGAGCAGACGGGCGAGGUGUACGUGGGCGCGGUGAACCGCAUCUACAAGCUGUCGGGGAACCUGACGCUGCUGCGGGCGCACGUGACGGGCCCCGUGGAGGACAACGAGAAGUGCUACCCGCCCCCCAGCGUGCAGUCGUGCCCACACGGCCUGGGCAGCACCGACAACGUCAACAAGCUGCUGCUCUUGGAUUACGCCGCCAACCGCCUGCUGGCCUGCGGCAGCGCCUCCCAGGGCAUCUGCCAGUUCCUGCGGCUCGAUGACCUCUUCAAGCUGGGCGAGCCGCACCACCGCAAGGAGCACUACCUGUCCAGCGUGCGCGAGGCGGGCAGCAUGGCGGGCGUGCUCAUCGCCGGGCCGCCGGGCCAGGGCCAGGCCAAGCUCUUUGUGGGCACGCCCAUCGACGGCAAGUCCGAGUACUUCCCCACGCUGUCCAGCCGCCGCCUCAUGGCCAACGAGGAGGACGCCGACAUGUUCGGCUUCGUGUACCAGGACGAGUUCGUGUCCUCGCAGCUCAAGAUCCCGUCGGACACGCUGUCCAAGUUCCCGGCCUUCGACAUCUACUACGUGUACAGCUUCCGCAGCGAGCAGUUCGUGUACUACCUCACCCUGCAGCUGGACACGCAGCUCACCUCCCCCGACGCGGCCGGCGAGCACUUCUUCACCUCCAAGAUCGUGCGCCUCUGCGUGGACGACCCCAAGUUCUACUCGUACGUGGAGUUCCCCAUCGGCUGCGAGCAGGCGGGCGUCGAGUACCGCCUGGUGCAGGACGCCUACCUGAGCCGGCCCGGCCGCGCCCUGGCCCGCCAGCUGGGCCUGGCCGAGGACGAGGACGUGCUGUUCACCGUGUUCGCCCAGGGCCAGAAGAACCGCGUGAAGCCGCCCAAGGAGUCGGCGCUGUGCCUCUUCACGCUCCGAGCCAUCAAGGAGAAGAUCAAGGAGCGCAUCCAGUCGUGCUACCGCGGCGAGGGCAAGCUCUCGCUACCCUGGCUGCUUAACAAGGAGCUGGGCUGCAUCAACUCGCCCCUGCAGAUUGAUGACGACUUCUGCGGGCAGGACUUCAACCAGCCGCUGGGGGGCACGGUCACCAUCGAGGGCACACCCCUGUUCGUGGACAAGGAGGACGGCCUGACUGCCGUGGCUGCCUACGACUACCGUGGCCGCACCGUGGUGUUUGCCGGGACUCGCAGCGGCCGCAUCCGCAAGAUCCUGGUGGACCUCUCGAACCCUGGCGGCCGGCCGGCUCUGGCCUAUGAGAGUGUGGUGGCCCAGGAGGGCAGCCCCAUCCUGCGCGACCUGGUCCUCAGCCCCAACCGGCAGUACCUCUACGCCAUGACAGAGAAGCAGGUGACUCGGGUGCCCGUGGAGAGCUGCGUGCAGUACACGUCCUGCGAGCUGUGCCUGGGGUCGCGGGACCCCCACUGCGGCUGGUGUGUCCUGCACAGCGUCUGCUCGAGGCAGGACGCCUGUGAGCGGGCCGACGAGCCCCAGCGCUUCGCCUCGGACCUGCUGCAGUGCGUGCAGCUGACCGUGCAGCCACGCAAUGUGUCCGUCACCAUGUCCCAGGUCCCGCUCGUGCUGCAGGCCUGGAAUGUGCCCGACCUCUCUGCCGGCGUCAACUGCUCCUUCGAGGACUUCACCGAGUCCGAGGGCCUCCUGGAGGACGGCCGCAUCCACUGCCGCUCGCCCUCUGCCCGGGAGGUGGCGCCCAUCACGCGGGGCCAGGGAGACCAGCGCGUGGUGAAGCUGUACCUGAAGUCCAAGGAGACGGGGAAGAAGUUCGCGUCCGUGGACUUCGUCUUCUAUAACUGCAGCGUCCACCAGUCCUGCCUGUCGUGUGUCAACGGCUCCUUCCCCUGUCACUGGUGUAAAUACCGCCAUGUGUGCACGCACAACGCUGCUGACUGCGCCUUCCUGGAGGGCCGUGUCAACAUGUCCGAGGACUGCCCGCAGAUCCUGCCCUCCACCCAGAUCUACGUGCCCGUGGGCGUGGUGAAGCCCAUCACCCUGGCUGCCCGGAACCUGCCGCAGCCACAGUCAGGCCAGCGUGGCUACGAGUGCCUCUUCCACAUCCCGGGCAGCCCGGCCCGUGUCACUGCCCUGCGCUUCAACAGCUCCAGCCUGCAGUGCCAGAACUCCUCGUACUCCUACGAGGGCAAUGACAUCAGCGACCUGCCUGUGAACCUGUCUGUCGUGUGGAACGGCAACUUCGUCAUCGACAACCCUCAGAACAUCCAGGCCCACCUGUACAAGUGCCCGGCCCUGCGCGAGAGCUGUGGCCUCUGCCUCAAGGCUGACCCCCGCUUCGAGUGCGGCUGGUGCGUGGCCGAGCGCCGCUGCUCCCUGCGCCACCACUGCCCGGCUGACUCGCCUGCCGCCUGGAUGCACGCCCGCCACGGCAGCAGCCGCUGCACGGACCCCAAGAUCCUCAAGCUGUCCCCAGAGACGGGCCCGAGGCAGGGAGGGACGCGGCUCACCAUCACCGGGGAGAACCUGGGCCUGCGGUUCGAGGACGUGCGUCUGGGCGUGCGCGUGGGCAAGGUGCUGUGCAGCCCCGUGGAGAGCGAGUACAUCAGCGCCGAGCAGAUCGUCUGCGAGAUCGGGGAUGCCAGCACGGUGCGGUCCCACGAUGCCCUGGUGGAGGUGUGUGUGCGGGACUGCUCUCCCCACUACCGGGCCCUGUCGCCCAAGCGCUUCACCUUUGUGACACCAACCUUCUACCGCGUGAGCCCCUCCCGCGGGCCUCUGUCGGGGGGCACCUGGAUUGGCAUCGAGGGCAGCCAUCUGAAUGCGGGCAGUGACGUGGCCGUGUCUGUCGGCGGCCGGCCCUGCUCCUUCUCCUGGAGGAACUCCCGGGAGAUCCGCUGCCUGACGCCCCCCGGGCAGAACCCCGGUAGCGCCCCCAUCGUCAUCAACAUCAACCGCGCGCAGCUCAGCAACCCCGAGGUGAAGUACAACUACACCGAGGACCCCACCAUCCUGAGGAUCGACCCCGAGUGGAGCAUCAACAGUGGUGGGACCCUCCUAACGGUCACAGGCACCAAUCUGGCCACGGUGCGCGAACCUCGAAUCCGAGCCAAGUACGGCGGCGUUGAGAGGGAGAAUAGCUGCAUGGUGUACAACGACACCACCAUGGUGUGCCGGGCGCCGUCCGUGGACAACCCGACGCGCAGCCCGCCUGAGCUGGGAGAGCGGCCGGACGAGCUGGGCUUCAUCAUGGACAACGUGCGCGCCCUGCUAGUGCUCAACUCCUCGUCUUUCGUCUACUACCCCGACCCCGUGCUGGAGCCGCUCAGCCCCACCGGCCUGCUGGAGCUCAAGCCCAGCUCCCCCCUCAUCCUCAAGGGCCGGAACCUCUUGCCUCCUGCGCCUGGCAAUUCCCGGCUCAACUACACGGUGCUCAUUGGCUCCACACCCUGCAUCCUCACCGUGUCGGAGACGCAGCUGCUGUGCGAGUCGCCCAACCUGACCGGGCAGCACAAGGUCACGGUGCGAGCGGGCGGCUUCGAGUUCUCGCCAGGCACGCUGCAGGUGUACUCGGACAGCCUGCUGACACUGCCCGCCAUCGUGGGCAUCGGCGGCGGCGGGGGCCUGCUGCUGCUCGUCAUCGUGGCCGUGCUCAUCGCGUACAAGCGCAAGUCUCGCGACGCCGACCGCACCCUCAAGCGGCUGCAGCUGCAGAUGGACAACCUGGAGUCCCGCGUGGCCCUGGAGUGCAAGGAAGCCUUCGCAGAGCUGCAGACCGACAUCCACGAGCUGACCAACGACCUGGACGGAGCUGGCAUCCCGUUCCUGGACUACCGCACGUACGCCAUGCGCGUGUUGUUCCCUGGGAUUGAGGACCACCCCGUGCUCAAGGAGAUGGAGGUGCAGGCCAACGUGGAGAAGUCGCUGACGCUGUUUGGGCAGCUGCUGACCAAGAAGCACUUCCUGCUCACCUUCAUCCGCACGCUGGAGGCCCAGCGCAGCUUCUCCAUGCGCGACCGCGGCAACGUGGCCUCGCUCAUCAUGACGGCCCUGCAGGGCGAGAUGGAGUACGCCACGGGCGUGCUCAAGCAGCUGCUGUCCGACCUCAUCGAGAAGAACCUGGAGAGCAAGAACCACCCCAAGCUGCUGCUGCGGCGGACUGAGUCGGUGGCCGAGAAGAUGCUGACCAACUGGUUCACCUUCCUCUUGUACAAGUUCCUCAAGGAGUGUGCGGGGGAGCCGUUGUUCAUGCUGUACUGCGCCAUCAAGCAGCAGAUGGAGAAGGGGCCCAUCGACGCCAUCACGGGCGAGGCGCGCUACUCCCUGAGCGAGGACAAGCUCAUCCGGCAGCAGAUCGACUACAAGACGCUGACGCUGAACUGUGUGAUCCCCGAGAACGAGAACGCGCCCGAGGUGCCGGUGAAGGGGCUGAACUGUGACACGGUGACGCAGGUCAAGGAGAAGCUGCUGGACGCCGUGUACAAGGGCGUCCCCUACUCCCAGCGGCCCAAGGCCGGGGACAUGGACCUGGAGUGGCGCCAGGGCCGCAUGGCGCGCAUCAUCCUGCAGGACGAAGAUGUCACCACCAAGAUCGACAACGACUGGAAGAGGCUGAACACGCUGGCUCACUACCAGGUGACGGACGGGUCGUCGGUGGCGCUGGUGCCCAAGCAGACGUCAGCCUACAACAUCUCCAACUCCUCCACCUUCACCAAGUCCCUCAGCAGAUACGAGAGCAUGCUACGCACGGCCAGCAGCCCUGACAGCCUGCGCUCGCGCACGCCCAUGAUCACACCGGACCUGGAAAGCGGCACCAAGCUGUGGCACCUGGUGAAGAACCACGACCACCUGGACCAGCGCGAGGGCGACCGGGGCAGCAAGAUGGUCUCAGAGAUCUACCUGACGCGGCUGCUGGCCACCAAGGGCACGCUGCAGAAGUUCGUGGACGACCUGUUUGAGACCAUCUUCAGCACGGCGCACCGGGGCUCGGCCCUGCCGCUGGCCAUCAAGUACAUGUUCGACUUCCUGGAUGAGCAGGCCGACAAGCACCAGAUCCACGACGCCGACGUGCGGCACACGUGGAAGAGCAACUGCCUGCCGCUGCGCUUCUGGGUGAACGUGAUCAAGAACCCGCAGUUCGUGUUCGACAUCCACAAGAACAGCAUCACGGACGCCUGCCUGUCGGUGGUGGCCCAGACCUUCAUGGACUCCUGCUCCACGUCGGAGCACAAGCUGGGCAAGGACUCGCCCUCCAACAAGCUGCUCUACGCCAAGGACAUCCCCAACUACAAGAGCUGGGUGGAGAGGUACUACGCCGACAUCGCCAAGAUGAUGAUCCUGGCCCAAAUUCCUGGGGCUUCGGCCUCAAAACUCAAGUUGCUGAGCUGGAAACAGAAGGAGUCAGCCCUGGGCACCUGCGCCACAGUCCCCGCUAGGUGCGGCCAGGCCAUAGGCAGCGCAUGGGGUGGGCCCCCCUCGCAGGGCCCCGUGAGCCAUGCAGAGGCUGUGACCCGUCCGCGCAAGUGGGCAGCAGGCCUGGCUCACGGCGCCCCCUCCCCGGCCCUGCAGAUCCUGGCUGCCCUGGAGAAGGAUGAGCAGGCCCGGCGGCAGCGGCUGCGGAGCAAGCUGGAGCAGGUGGUGGACACGAUGGCCCUGAGCAGCUGAGCCCCGGCCGGUGACCGCCCAGUGGGAGGUGGAGCCAGAGGGCAGCCCCGCCCCAGCUGUGCAGAGUGCCCGGGCGGCGCUCGGGGCCGGGCGUGAGGUCCAGCGUCCUCUGGGCCUUCCCUUCCCCUCCCACCCGGCGGGGGUCCGGGUUUCUGUUGGCGUGGAUGCGAUGGUGCCUGCUGCACCGCUCUGUGCCCAGACUGGCCCAGGACCUUUGCUGUGGCCUGGUGGCCUUCAUGGGAGAAUGGGGCAGCCUCCGAGGAGCAGAGGGGUGAGGCUGGGCCCCUCCAGAGCGAGGGGCAGCCAGCCUGGUCAGUGUCGUUGAGGCCAGGACGAGGAGCCGGGGCGCAGUUCCCAGCUUCCCGAGCUGCGCAUCCACGGAGCCCGAGGCGCGGGCUGGCGGCCGGAGGGAGAGGCAGGAGGACCAGGGCCGUCCGAGACGAAGCGGAGGCCGGGCCGAGCGCCGCCCAUCUUCCCCGUCCAGCAUCCUCACGCUCGCCGCACCGCCAUCCUCAGAUUCACCGCGUGCUCUGCGCGGCCAAGGCCACCGGAGAGAGGCCCCACCCCUCCUAUGGAGGGGCGGCGGACGGCACUGCCCACAGCUCCCGAGGGACUCCCGACGGACCAGGCAGCUCCUCUCUGUCCUCAGGGCUGUGCCUGUUGGAGCCCAGUGGGCUGGGGCUCCGGGUCACAGAGCACGCGUCUGUUAUUUAUUCUCCCUCCACGCACGGCUCUCGGCAGCUGCCCGCAAGGGUGGGCCAAGCUCUGCCCACCACGGAGCUGAUGCGGGCAGCCCCGGCCACCACCACCCCCUGCCCGUCUCCCCUGACCCCAGCAUCCCCCAGUGGCUUCCAGUUUGGCAUCUCAGCAGCGUCCCGGCCCCCCCAGAGCAGAGACGGCUGGGGACUGGUGUUCUUUGCAAAGGGGAACAAGCGAUUGGGCUGCAGGCUGGGUGGUGGGCUGUGACCGGGCCCCCGCAGCCACCCCCGGCCUGGACCUUUGGGGCCGCGAGCGACGGGCGGCUGUCCCCUUGCCCUCCCGAGCGAGAGAGAACACGUUUUUAAUAGAAACACACCUGUACAUAUAUAUAUAUGUGUGUGUGCAUAUAAGUGUGGCUCUGGCCUCGGUCUCCAGCCCCAGUGGGGUGCUGUACAAGUGACUGAAGGAGAAGGAAUUUUAAAUAAGAUUCAGCAUACGGAGAAGCAGGCGGCGGGAACGCGCUACCAGAGGGCCCGGGGGACGUCGACCCGCGGCCCACGACCGUGGGGUCGGCUCCUGCCGCACCCCCCAGCGCUGCCAGGGUGCCCAGGGCCCGUGGAUUAUGCAUGAUCGUGCUAGCGUUGAGUCUGAGUUGAUCUUUUUAAAACUGCAAGUGUUGAAUAGUAGAGGUUGUUAGACCCCUUUUUUUAUGUUUUUUAAUUAAUCAGUCACUUGUAAAAGCAAACAAGCGGCCUGGCCCCUUUUCAAGUUCACUUUUUCGAUGGUACUAAAGGAUUCUCAUGGACGUUAAGGGACAGCUAACUGCGGCCAGCCCCGGCCUCAGUGCCCUGGGCCCUGCCCCCCGCCGGCCCUGGCGUCCCUUCCUCCCCAGGCAGCCUGAGCCAGAGUGGACGCCGCACAGGUGGACACCGCGGAGGUCAGACAAGGAGCCCCUGCACUGCGCUCGGGGGCGGGGUGGGGGGAUGGGUGUGAAAUCAGUGAACUCUGACUCAGGGAGCUCUCGGCCCCACGGCGCUGCAGCAGGGCCGGGGCAGAGCCAGCACCUGGCAGUGUCGUUUGUGAUGACUUGGUCGCUCCCAGUGUUGGCCGGGGUUCCCACCCCUGAGCCGGCCCCACCCCCGUCUCUUCUGCUGCUGCCCGCCCAUGCCUGGGUGGGAGCCUGUCGCCCCUGAAGUCUUCCCUGGCCUCUGGCUUCACAUUGAAGCCCCCAGUUCUUCCAGUCCUUCCUGGCCCGGCAGGGGCUCCGCAUCCCCUCUGCCGCCUUUGCCAGAAUCCACCUCCAACUGCUGCCCGUCUGUAGGCCUCCUCCUGGCCCCAACAGAGAGCUGGGCCCACCAGGCUGCCCUGUCCACUCGCGUGGUCCAGUUGGUCUUGGGGACGGGCAGCGGCAGGAGGGCGUGCCCGUCUGGAGUGACAGCCGCAGAGCCCACGGUGUCCAGCCGCAAGCACUUUAGCAGUAUCUGUUUACAUACGCGUUGGUCAAGCCGAUUCUAAGCGCACUGCACCCAGGACAGCAGGACUGAGCGUCCCCGCUGGGCCCCAGGUCAUGGAGUUAGGCUCCGACUUGUCCUUACCACUAGUUCCCACGGUCCUCCCGACUCUGCAGUGCCCUAAGAGCUGGGCCCCUCUGUCACUCCCCAGUGUCCUGCGGUGGGGACCAUGACUCCAAGCCCUGGCGCUGGUCUGGAGGCAGGGCCCCCAGUGGAGCAGGGAUGGGUGGUGAAGGCGCUCCCAGGCCCUGCCCCUGCAGUCCCAGAGUCCCCACAGUGACACUCCGCUGGCCCAGACACUGCUGCCGCCACCCUGCUCUGGCCACCUGCUUCCCACAGCGUUGCUCUCCCUGCCCCACACCUGAGCUCAAGGGUGCUCGGGCCGAUUCCCUCCUGGGCCUGGGAGCCUGGCUUCUUGAUAUACCUCAAGCUGGCCCUGCACUCCCAGCCCAGGGCUGCUGGACCCCAGGCCUGCCUCUCCCUGGGCCUGCGGGGCCGGGGGCUGUGGGAGAGGGGGCCCCAGGAACCCAGACCAGACGUGUGCCCCGCCCUUCCGGUUGAUCUUGCCGAGAGCCUCCACCCUGGGUCCACCCCAGCUCCGGACGUGACGGCUGCCGCCGUUGGUGCUACAUGAGCUAGAGUAGAUGUAUUUAGAGAGAAAGAUAUUUUUAAGACGAAGCCCACAAUUAGCUGUCCUUUAAUGUCCUUUAAUGCCCCCACCCAAAAGAAGAGCGACCACUUGGACGGUCUGAGCUGACCUUGGCCGUGGCUUCUCGCGGAAGCCGUGGAGCCGCCCGGGGCUCGGACCGCAGAUGUGUAAAUAUACGGCUAUUUCCUAUUUUACUGUUCUUCAGAUUUAGUACUUGUAAAUAAACACACACAUUAAGGAGAGAUUAAACAUUUUUGCUAAAA